CUUCUUCGAUCGAAAUCUAUAAAUACGACGCGACAAACCCAAAUUUCGUUCAGAAACCCUAAAGCUCCCAACUUUCUCUGCAACAAAGAAAUUCACCUGCUUACUCUUCUCCCUGAAAGAUCUAAUCUUCUCCGGUGACUUGUUUGUUGUUCCUUCAAUCUCCCUAGUUUGUUUUGCCUAAUAUGAAGCUAAACCCAUUAAAGAUAAAGGCUAUAUUCAUAUUUGAUUUUUAUCAAUGGAUCCGAGGAAUUCGAGUGCGUGGGGUGGGAAAGAUGAUCUCUCCCUUGUCUCAUCUGUGGGAGGUGCUGAAUCUAAGAAUAGAUGUUGUGUGAUAGAUGACGAUGGCUCUAUUGGUAAGAAGCUAUGUGAGAAACCUAAAGUGGAGAAAACUGUAGCUCAACCCUCUGCAGAUGGGGCUGUUGAGUCUUUUACAGCGAAGAAGAAGAAAAAGAAGAAGGACAAGGGCAAGAAAGCAGAUGCUUCUGUAGCUAAUUCUUCUGUGGAGGCGAAGGAGGAUAAACUAGAGAAUUCCAUAUCUGAGCCCAAGAAGAAAGAUGUAAAGGUUAAAGUAGCCGAGAAGAAAGUUCCUAAACAUGUUCGAGAGAAGCAAGAGAUUCUUGCGCGGCGGAAAGAAGCUGAAGAGAGGAAGAAGAAGGAAGAAGAAGAGAGAUUGAGGAAAGAGGAAGAGGAGCGCCGCAUAGAGGAAGAGCGAGAAAGGGAAGCUGAAGAGAUUAGGCAGAGGAGAAAGUUAAGGAAAAUGGAGAAGAAGCAAGAAGGCCUGAUUCUAACAGCAAAGCAAAAGCGUGAAGCUGCUAAGAAUGAGGCUUUCAGGAAACGGGUGUUAUCUGAUGCUGGAAGUCUUCUUGUUGCAGAUAAAAACGGUGAACCCUCAAGACGUCCCAUAUAUGGCAACAAAAACAAAUCAGCUUGCAUAAAAGCAAACGAUUCUGCUUCUGUCCAGAUGAAAGGUGAUGUAGAAACAAAGGACAAUCAUGCAGCAGAUAAACCAGGUACUUUGCAUGAAUUGGUUUCAGUUGACGAUAAAAAGGUUGGAAUAAUCGAAUCAGUUGACACAGAAGAGAAAUAUGAAUCUGUUGAUGUAUCACAUGAGAAUGGUGAUGAGGAGGAUGUGUGGGAUGCAAAAACUAAUUUUACCAUCAGGGGUGAUUCUGAUGAUGAGGAGGAAAAACAUCAGCCUGUGUUUAAGAAAGAAUUAAACGACACUGCAUCAAAGGCACAUGAUUCAGGUCCUGGCGCAGAUAGACAAAAAGUGAAGCCUGGAGUUGCUGGCAAGCCAAAAACAGAUGCCAAAAAAGCUAUGCCUAAGAUGGAUGGUGCUACCUGGCCGAAAGAUACUUCGAAAAAGGAUGAAGGCUUAGUACUGAAUGAAGCUUCUAAAGAAGUAGAAGAAAGUCUUCGCUCUCCCAUUUGCUGCAUCAUGGGUCAUGUUGAUUCUGGUAAAACAAAGCUAUUGGAUUGCAUCAGAGGAACAAAUGUUCAGGAAGGUGAAGCUGGAGGUAUUACUCAACAGAUUGGUGCAACAUAUUUCCCUGCAGAAAACAUCCGUGAGAGGACCAAGGAGUUAAAAGCUGAUGCUAAACUCAAGGUGCCAGGUCUAUUGGUUAUCGAUACACCUGGACAUGAGUCAUUCACAAAUCUGCGGUCAAGGGGUGCAAAUUUGUGUGACCUUGCAAUUCUAGUGGUUGACAUAAUGCGUGGUCUAGAGCCACAAACCUUAGAAUCUCUGAAUCUUUUGAGAAGAAGGAAUGUAAAGUUCAUUGUUGCCUUGAAUAAGGUGGAUAGGCUAUAUAGGUGGAAAAAAAACAAGGAUGCUCCUCUAAUGAAGACAAUGAAGCAACAAUUGAGAAAUGUGGUUGAUGAGUUUAACAUGAAAUUACAUCAAGUUAAAACCCAGUUCCAAGAACAAGGACUCAAUAGUAUGCUUUAUUACAAGAACAGAGAAAUGGGAGAAACUAUCAGUAUUGUACCUACUAGUGCUAUUAGUGGGGAAGGGGUCCCAGAUCUUUUGCUUUUGUUAGUUCAAUGGGCUCAGAAAACAAUGGUGGAGAAACUCACAUAUGUUGACAAAGUGCAGUGUACCGUCCUUGAGGUCAAAGUUAUUGAAGGCCAUGGUAUUACAGUUGAUGUUGUUUUGGUCAACGGUGUACUCCGUGAAAGUGAUCAAAUCAUUGUUUGUGGGUCACAGGGACCAAUUGUAACAACUAUUAGAUCAUUAUUGACUCCUUAUCCUAUGAACGAGACGCGGGUGAAGGGUACCUAUAUGGCACACAGAGAAGUAAAGGCUGUGCAGGGUAUCAAAAUUGCAGCACAGGGCCUUGAACACGCCAUUGCUGGUACUGCCUUGCAUGUGAUUGGGCCUAAUGAGGACAUGGAAGAAGCCAAGAAAAAUGUCAUGGAAGAUAUUGAAUCAGUUAUGAACCGCAUUGACAAAAGUGGUGAAGGAGUUUAUGUACAAGCGUCUACAUUAGGGUCUUUGGAAGCAUUGCUAGAGUUCUUGAAGUCCUCAGAUGUAAAAAUACCUGUCAGUGGUAAUGGCAUAGGACCUGUGCAUAAGAAGGAUAUCAUGAAGGCCGGGAUAAUGCUAGAGAAGAAAGAAGAGUUUGCAACGAUUUUGGCCUUUGAUGUGAAAAUAACUGCAGAAGCUCGCGAACUUGCAGACAAAAUGGGAGUAAAAAUCUUCUGCGAUGAUACCAUCUAUCGUCUCUUCAAUAAGUUUAAGAGUUACAUCGAGGGUAUCAAAGAGGAGAAAAAGAAAGAAACAGCUUGUGAAGUAGUUUUCCCAUGUGUCCUUCAGAUUUUACCAAACCAUAUCUACAAUAAGAAGGACCCAAUCAUCCUUGGAGUUAAAGUCAAUGAUGGAAUACUCAAGGUUGGAACUCCCAUUUGCAUUCUCAAAAGGAUUGAGAAUGUAAGAGUGAUUAUGGACAUUGGGCGCGUUGCAUCUAUUAAAAAUAACAACAGGCCAGUUGAUAAUGCAAGGAAAGGACAGGAAGUGGCUAUUAAAAUCAUUGCUUCUAACCCAGAAGAACAGAAAAAGUGUGGGAAGCACUUUGGUAUAGAGGACGGGCUUAUCAGUCACAUUUCUAGGCGAUCCAUUGACGUACUCAGAACUUACUAUUGGGAGGAGUUAUCUGACGACGAGAAGAGUCUUGUUCUGAGACUUGAAAGGAUAUUGAACAUACAAUGAAAGAUUUUAGAGAGGUUUGAGAGGGGAGGGACAUAAACUUAUGUGUUUCAUUUUUUUUUCUAUUUUGAACUGCUGAUUUUUAUUAUUUUUCAUCGUUUUGAUAUUAUAGAACAACUCUUUUAAUGCCCCUAAAUACUUUAUGCAAUCAAUUAAACCCCAA